GCAGACUCCCUGCUGAGCAAGGAACCCCAUGGGUCUCAGUCCCUGAGCCCGAAAUCAUGACUUGAGCCAAAAUCAAGAGUCUGACACUUAACAAACUGAGCCACCCAGGUGCCCAGGUCAAGGUAUUUUUAAAAAUCUGACUGGAAAGAGGUUCCAGGUUUUGCUCUAUGAAUUAGUGAAGCAAAAAGAAAUUGGCUAGAGGUAAGGGGUGAGGUUUUACUACUGUUGCUGUGAUUAAGGAAAUCUGCGCUUUGGCAAGCUAGACUGUUAGUGGUGUGUUAGCAGCUGAAGAACUCAAGUCCUGAGUUGGCAAAAAAAAAAAAAACAAUGUUAAAGUCACCAGAGGAGGAACCCUGCUUCUGAAGAUCCUGAGGGUGACAGAAGGUGGAAUCUCAGAUUUUCUCAAGUGCCCUUUUGAGGACUUACUCAUUAUACGGAUCAGGAGACAAACCCAGGUGUCACACAUAGUUCUGUGUUCACUUGCUCCCAGUUCCCCCUAAGGACAAUUAUCGUAUUUGGAACAGGCAGCUGAAUCAAAGUGAACUGAAAACUCUCCUGACAAGAAACUAAUUGAACAGCCUCCAAAAUGGGACAAUUUAGCCAAGGCAAAAAUUGGCAUUGAGUGUCGGGCACCUCCUAAAACCUGCGUGGUAGUCAGGAGACGUAGGCAAGGCAAAGGUCCCGGGCAAUACCUACGGCUCUGAGGGGCAGAAAUGACAACUAGGAAGGUGAGGUCUGUCAAGCCGUCUCCCCCCAAGCUCAGAGCAGAGUGACUGCUCCAGCAUGAAGGGGUACUGGCCAACCUCCUUGCCUCUGAGGACUACACGGGACAGAAUGAUGACAGCUGAGGCUGCACUUAGUCACGGUGACCACCAAUCUAAGAGCGUUUUAAACCAAGUUUAACAUCCCAAGUACAAGUGACCUGUGCCCCUUCAGAUCAUACGUUUGUAGGGAGGUAAAAUGGGCCACAAACGUCUGUUGGGGAUGGGGUUGUUUUUUGGUCCCGCCUGUUGCCCCUGUAAUACUGCAGUGACGCCAAAGAUUAGAUCCGUCUGGAUACGGAUACUAGAAUCUGACAGCAAUGAAAGUUUGGGUCCUUUCCCUCCCCCAAGUUGUUAGUAUACUCAUCUUUUUCCUUAAGUCAACAGAGGUGGGAGGGAAAGGAAACGGUAGGGACACGCGUUGUCAGUAUGCAAAGCUUUUUAAGUUCCAAGAAGCUGCCUGCUGAGGCUCAAUAAAUGGACUAGAUUUCUGCCCAAAGUUCUGUAUCUUUGUUGCUGACGUCACUUAUUUGGGCUUUGGGCACUCAGCAACCACCCCCCCACACACACACUGCCUUGCAGCUGGGAGACCUUGGGCUUGCUGCCCCGUUGUCCUAACAUUCCUUACUUGUUCUUGCAGGGGACCAACGAGCGAAUACCAGGAGUAUGUGUAACUCCUGGCUCACCUUCCAGAGAACAUGUAGGUGGACGUGCUCAGCGGUCCAAUUAGAUCAGGUUUCACACCGCGUUACUGAUUGCAUUUUGCCCGCCCCCCUCCAUUCUACCUCGUUUGCACACAUUUUGAACUCACCACUUUAUGACCAAGAAUCCCCUUUACGGUGAAAGUCAGAACAUGAAUUCAACUUCUCUACAUCACAACCCCAUACAAGGAAUUUUAUACCUCUCCCCAGCUUGGUAUUUCUCUCUCAACACCAAAAUACUGUCCUCUGAGUGCAUGCACUGGAACGCAGGUCUAGGGAUGUUGCCAUCCUGCCCCCGCUUCUCACACUCGCUGCAAGUGUGGGUUCCCUUUGUCCUUCCACCCGUCACGUGCAGCAGGGGCCGCGGAGCGCGGGGUCGGGCAGGCAGCGGCAGCCUCACAUUCUGACCCCACCUGACCCUUCGAAGACCGCUAGGGGAAGAGGCGCAAGGUCUCCGGGAUUUCCCAAGGACGUGGCCUUCACGAAGCCGAGGUGCCAUUCUCAGGGGCUUGCAAGUUUGCAGCAGGGAGGCUAAGCUACGUCUAACUGAGCACGUAGUCCAAGUGUCGACCCGUUGGGCGAUGUCCGGGGGUCAGGCAGUGCAUCGCCAAGGUGUCCCCGGCAUCGAGGACUCGGCCCCCCAAGCGGUCGGCGGCAGCGGCGGCGGCUCCGCGGACCUCGGGGACGCCGCGGGGACAGCGGGGCGCGCACCGCGCCGGCCUUGGGAGCGGCGCCCGGCCUCCCCGCCCGGCGGCGCAGCAGCCAGACUGCGCGUGCGCGCUGGGCGGGCGGUGCCGGGGACGACGCUGCCAGCCGCCUGCCGUCUCCCGCGACAGCAUGAAGACCGCCCGGGGCGCCAAGGGAGCGCGCGGCGAGCGGCCGCAGAGGAUAGGCCUCUGUCUCCUCUGCGGCCUGCCGGCAGCAGGAAAGUCAACCUUGGCGCGGGCCCUCCGCCACCGGCUGCGGCAGGAGCAGGGCUGGGCCGUCGGCGUCGUCGCCUACGAUGACGUCAUGCCGGACGCGUUCCUGGAGGAAGCGAGCGCGCGGCCAUUGCCAUCCCAAUGGAAAUUGCUUCGACAAGAACUGUUGAAGUACCUAGAAUGCUUCUUGAUGGCUGUCAUUAAUGGGUGUCAGGUGUCUGCCCCACCCAACAGGACUGCAGCCAUGUGGGAGGAUUUUAUAACUUGCUUGAAGCACCAAGAUCUGGUAUCUUCUGCUGCGCUGGAAACCCAGUCUUGCUACCUCUUAACGAAGACUGCGGUUUCUAGACCUUUGUUUUUGAUUCUAGAUGACAACUUUUAUUACCAAAGUAUGAGAUACGAAGUCUAUCAACUGGCUCGGAAAUAUUCAUUAGGUUUUUGCCAGCUCUUUUUAGAUUGUUCUCUUGAGACCUGUUUACAGAGGAAUGGCCAGAGACCCCAGGCCCUGCCUGCUGAGACCAUCCACCUGAUGGAAGGAAAGAUAGAAAAGCCCAACCCUGAGAAAAAUGCUUGGGAGCACAACAGCCUCAUAAUUCCAAGUACAACAUGUUCUUCCGAGGCCAGCCUGAAGUUGACUGGCUUAUUGCUUACUGCUUUGGAAAAUCCAGUAACAUAUAUUGAGGACAAUGUGGAACAAAAGAAAACGGACAGGAUCAUUUCCUCAACUAAUGUUCUGCAUCAAGCUGAUCAGAUGCUCCGAAGGAUUGUCUCUCAGACAAUGAAGGAAGCAAAAGAUGAACAAGUGCUUCCUUUCAACCUGAAGCUUCUAGCAGAAGAACUCAACAAGCUCAAAGCAGAAUUUUUGGAAGAUCUAAAACAUGGAAACAAAAAAUACCUGUGCUCUCAAGAAACCAUCCACAUACCAGAUAUUAUUUCUUUUUUUCAUUAUGAGAAAGAUAACAUUGUCCGGAAAUAUUUUUCAAAGCCACAUUAAAACUUCUGAACUUCCAAUCAAA